GAUUUAAGUCGAUAGUUUGCUCAUAUUAUUCAUACAUUAAUUAUAUUAUAUUUCAACAUUGCACUAUAUUAUUGCACUUUUGAUCUCCACAUCCCCACUGCCGCUGGGCAGUCGAGACCGAGACCGCAAGACCGAGCCGCUGGGCAGUCGAGUUUUCCUGUCAGUGCAAGUAGAAGAGGUGUAACGCGAUUUUUGCUAAGAUUUUGUGAAGCUGAUCAACGUUUGUUUCGGCAAGUGCGUACGGUUUUUUUUAUUGUUAUCGGGGUUUAAGUAUUUUGUAACGCGUUCAACAUGGAGAGCUUUGUUGCAAAAACCGUGGUUGUGCUCAUAAAAAGAGCACAUAGCUAUGGCCAAUAAAAUGGAAGAAAUUCGAGGAACAAUCGAGGCGUCGCUGAAGGAUGAAUCGAAACCAUGGACCAAAUUUUUCAAGCUCGUCGAAGAAAAAACGAACGUAUCGCGACUGCAUAUAUUUUUAGGUGGUGUCGCAGUCGUUGUUUUGUAUUUGGCAUUUGGCUAUGGCGCUCAGAUUCUGUGCAACGUGAUCGGUGUCGCCUACCCGGCGUACAUAUCCAUGAAAGCGAUCGAAACACGCACGAAGGAGGAUGAUACCAAAUGGCUAACAUAUUGGGUGACAUUCGGCGUGCUGUCUGUAUGUGAGCAUUUCUCGUUCUUUCUAGUUCAGAUCAUCCCUUUCUACUGGCUGUUGAAGUGCAUCUUUCACAUCUGGUGUAUGAUCCCAAUUGAAAAUAAUGGAUCAACAAUAAUGUAUAAUAAGGUGAUUCAACCUUAUUUUAAGAAAUACGAAAAAGUUGCUGACGACUUCAUCACUGAAACUACGGACAAGCUGAAACAGACGGCUGGUGAAGUGAUCUCGAAAGUUAAAUCAACUUAAUUGAAUUGUUGCAACACGCACACAAAUGCAGAAUCGUCAUACAUCAAGCAUGAAAUAACAAUUGCGUUUUUUGUUCUUGCGUUCUUUGUCUGUCAAGAAAGAACUAACGGUCAACAAAUAUUCGAAAUUUACGAAUGACCAACCGAGAGGAUGUCUCAGUUUAGCAAAAAAUAAAUCUUAUAGAGACGUGAACACUGUUACUCAAGCAACUACCGUGCGCGAAUAUUGAGCAAAAAGAAGAAUAACAGGUUUUAUAUGCAGUAUAUUAAACCAUUUGUUAUCGCCAAAAUGUGCCAAAAGCUCUGAUUGCCAAAAAGUAAAUGUAUCAAAAACUAUGAUUCUGGGCUUCCUUAUUGGUUGAAUAAUGAUUUUUUUAUAGCGCUGGCUUUUCCCUCGGGUCACUCGCGGGCAUCUCGAAUAAAGACUACUCUUGGUGUUUCGUACAAGCCUAACUGUGUAUUAUAAA